AUGGAGCUGACUGAAUUGCUCCUCGUGGUCAUGCCUCUCCUAACUGCAAGACUAACUCUGUCCAGCCCGGCUCCUCCUGCCUGUGACCCCCGACUCCUAAAUAAACUGCUUCGUGACUCCCAUGUCCUUCACAGCAGACUGAGCCAGUGCCCAGACGUUAACCCUUUGUCCACACCCAUCCUGCUGCCUGCUGUGGACUUCAGCUUGGGAGAAUGGAAAACCCAGACAGAGCAGACCAAGGCGCAGGACGUUCUGGGAGCCUCGACCCUUCUGCUGGAGGCAGUGAUGGCAGCGCGGGGACAACUGGGACCCACUUGCCUCUCAUCCCUACUGGGGCAGCUUUCUGGACAGGUCCGCCUCCUCCUUGGGGCCCUGCAGGGCCUCCUAGGAACCCAGGACAACAGCUCACAAGGAUCCCAGUGCCAUCUUCCUGAGCUUCCAACGACUGCUCCGAGGAAAGGUGCGUUUCCUGCUGCUUGUAGUGGGCCCCACCCUCUGCGCCAAGCGGGCCCCACCUGCCACAGCUAUCCUGGGGAACACCUCUCCAUUUCUCAUACUGAACAAGCUCCCAAACAGGACUUCUGGACUGUUGGAGACAAACUCCAGUGUCUCAGCCAGAACUACUGGCUCUGGGCUUCUGAACAGGCUGCCGGGAUUCAGAGCCAAGAUCCCUGGUCUGCUGAACCAAACCUCCAGGUCCCUAGACCAAAUCCCUGGACACCUGAACGGGACACAUGGACCCCUGAGUGGAAUUCACAGACUCUUUCCUGGACCCACACCCAGGACCCUAAGAGCCCCGGAUAUUCCUCCGGAAACUUCAGACAUGGACUCCCUGCCACCCUACCUCCAGCCUGGAGAGUCUCCUUCCCCAGCCCAUCCUCCUCCUGGACAGUACACACUCUUCUCUCCUUCACCCACCUUGCCCAUCCCCACGGUCCAGCUCCAACCCCUGCUUCCUGA